AUGAAUCAGUAUCGAAGCGAGAAGCAGCUCGCUUAUCUCUAUCCGAUUAUUGCGACCUUAUCUUUCGUGUGCUGUAUAUCGACAACCGUAGCAUGGCAGCACUGGCGAUAUGUGUUGGAUACUUGUGUUGAAACUAACUGCGGAUGUAUUUUGCAUGGCCGGUCAACUGCUACGUUUUUCACCGGAGGCCAUGUCGCCUAUUGUCACUGGGCAGCGUACGGAUUGGUGUUACCCAUAAUAUUCUGCUUUAUCUUUGGAAUAUUCCAUGUCUUCCGGGUAUGCUUCGGACGCCGUCGUCGCUACCCGGGUACAGCCACCGUUAGGCAAAGAUCUGGAGAUGUAAUUUUAAUGACGACCAAAACUGAUGUGGAAGAGGACGACAUCAGUCCUUACUACUGGAUACCGGCUAGCGUCAUUGGAAGUUUGAUGGCGGUUCUUACGCUUGUACAUGCUGCGAUGUAUUUGGACGGAUUCUUGACUACCUGCAAGCAGCAACGCAACGAACUUAUCAAGUAUAUGCAGGCAAACGGCAGCUUAGUACCCAUCAUUCAAAGCCGCAUUUCAUGUUCAUCGGUAUUUGAUUUUAUGGAUUAUUUACAUUUGGACGUUUCGUUCGACAGACACCGAGAGGGAAGAAUUAAUACAGCAGCUGCAUUGAUUAUAGGUUUAGUUUGUUCGUGGAUUUGUGUUGGUUUGUGGAUUUGGACGGUGGUAAUCAAUGCUAAACGAGCACGCGCCAGUAAAGACUUGCGCAUUUAAUACUGUUACGAGGGCAAUCACGAUCGUUUGAAGUGAUAGUAUUAGGCAGCUUUUAAGAUGCAUUCCUUACAUGCCAUGCAUACCGAUUGUGCCUUCAUUUUAAAGAAUGUAAGAUCUACACAUUUUUACAAAUUUUCAUAUUUUAUCAAGCACACGAGUAGAGUAGACAUUCCGAAGAAAAGAGAAAAAAAAACUACGAUUUGCACGAAUCGGUGUUUUACCACCGUAUUUUUUUUAAAUAAAACUUAAAUGAAUGGUACUAAAUCGUAAAUACCAUAUGUACAACUUAAAA